AUGGAGGAGCUGGGGGCUGGCUCUACUGGUGCUGAAGUACUGACCUGCAAACGAGCGCAGGUGUCCGCAAACCCUCGAGGACUGCCUGAAGUGGACGCCAGCAAGGCGCGGAGCCUGAUCAAGGAGGGCGAGCGAGACCUGCCAUCACCCCGCGAGGUCAAACACGUGCUGCAAGGCCGGAGCGGGGCCCCCUGGGCCCCCCGGAGACGCCGCCUUUCUUGCCUCCUUGCAGGCCUGGACAUCGAGUUCACUGGGCUCCGUUCUCACGUGUCCCAGCCGCAGCAGAUCAGCCUCUUCGACCUGCCUUCCGAGUGGUACCUGAAGACUCGGCACAGCAUCCAGCAGUUCACCAUCUGCCAGAUCGGGCUGUCGGUGUUCUCCAGCAUCGAAGGCGAGACGAACAAGUAUGUGGCUCAUUCCUGCAACUUCUUUCUCUUCCCGACGACAUUUGGGACUCUGGAUUCGGAGUUCUCCUUCCAGGCCUCCAGCGUCCAGUUCCUGAAUCAGUACGGCUUCGACUACAACAAGUUUCUCAAGAAGGGCAUCCCGUACAUGAACGAGGAGCAGGAGAGGAAGAUGAAGCAGAGCAUCCUGACCGGGAACUGGCGGGGGCGCAGUUCUCUGGAUAAAGACCAAAUCAAGGUGGUGAUCGACGAGGUGACGCGGUGGCUGGACCUGGCGGAGGAAGGCGACUGGAUGACCCUGCCGGGGGUCUCGGGCUUCCAGGCCUUUGAGGUCCAGCUGGUGCUGAGGCAGGCUCUCCCCGAGAUCUGGACAGUGCUCAAAGACAAAGGGGUGGUCGUGAAGAAGGUGAGCAGGCAGCACCGCUGGUACCUGGAACACGCCUCCUGCGACCGCGAGAGCUGCUGGAAGGAGAAGAUCCUUCUGUCUGCCAGGGGCUUCUCCGUGUUUUUCCAGAUGCUGGUGAAAGCCCAGAAGGGCGUGGCUGUCUCCCUGGGCCUGCUGGAAAGCUACGACGAAUUUAAAUUGAACAUCCACAACCUUUUUCCUGUUCUCAUCGACACCAAGAAUGUGACGAAGGAUGUCUGGAAGGACCUGAACUUCCCCAGGGUCUCCAGCCUCACGGAAGUCUAUGAAGUCCUGAACAGCAACUUGAAUCCCACCAAGAACUCUGGGCCGGAGAUCAUCCACGCCAGCAAGUGCGAGAAGUAUGUGGAGACGAAGUACCCCCACGAGGCAGCCUACGACGCCUUCCUGUGCGGAUCCGUUCUCCUGAAGGUGGCGCACUUGCUGCUGAGCGGGGUGCACAGCUCCGUGUCCAUCCCCGAGCUCUCCUUCCCUCUGUACCUCAGCGUGCUGGCGCCCUACGUGAACCAGGUGAAUCUGAUCCGAGCCGGGGUCCCCAAGAUCAACUUCUCCGGCCCGGACUCCCCCAGCACCCGGCCCCCCGUCCUCAUCCUCAGCGUCAGGCGGUGGCCGGGCGUCAGCGAGCAGCUGGUCUACCGCGAGUUCCAGAACCUCUGCAAGUUCGACGUCAGGAGGCUGACGCGGAGCCAGUUCCUGCUGCUGACCAACAAGUUCAAGGACGCCCGGAGCGCGCUGCGGGAGUACCGGCGCCACCCCACCCUGCGCCUGUGCCCGUUCCGCUACUGGCAGCACUGCCCCAACGUCAGCUGCCUGCUGCAAGUCUGCGGCGUGGUCACCACCUGGGCCCUUGUCACCUUUCUGCUGGGACGACCGCGGCCCUGA